AGGCCCGAGCUACCUCCCGCCAUCGCGGGCUUCAUCGACAGCGCGGGGCCAUCCUUGGCCCCGGCGGUAGUGAGGCUCAUUGACUACAUCAUCAUGGACCCUAAGUUGAUGCAGACCAUUCGAAAGAUGACCGAUGACAGCAUGCGCGACGAAGCCUUGGUGAGGAACAUCAAGACUGUCAUCGAGUCAUCCUUGAAGGAGGGCACCAUGUACCGCGCUGUCGGGCAUGGAAUUGUGGCGGCCGCUGAGCAGAGCCUGGAACACAUGCAGCAGCGGACCAGGGAGAAGCUGUCCUCCCAUCAUAUCUGAUCUGAACAUGGCAUAUAUAGUAUAUUAUA